AUGCCCGACUUCGAAGGCAAGCCAGACGGCGCGGGAGCGCCCAACGACUGGCGCGAAGACACUCACCAGCUCCCUUCCUUCUACUCCCCGAAAACGAAGACAGUCGACGGCCCAUCAAACCAUGCGUCGGCCGCCGCGCACCCAGAGCCCGAACAAUUGAGCCUCUCCGACCCCGCCGCCGCCGUCGCCGCCCCCGCAACAGCCGAAGACGACGCCGCAUCAACAACCUCGGCCACACAGAUCCCGCCACCCUCUCUCCUCUCGCCAGCCUUCACCCCGCCCGCGACGCCAGGCACAUCGACGCCCCUCACAACCGAGGCGGCCCCGCGCGGCGUCCCCGUCGACAGCUCCGUCCCUUCAGGCGGCUGCGGCACCAAGCGGCCCCGCCUCCUCGAGACCUUGCCGGAUGUACAGUGCAUCGUGCGCGCGCGCAUCCCCACCGUCAACGGCACAGAAAUGUUCCUGCACUUGUAUACCAACAACGUCGACAACAAGGAGCACCUGGCCAUCGUCUUUGGACCCCACAUCCGCAGUCAGUCGCUCGAUGCGCCGCGGCCGGGCGAGACGGAGAUGGACCGCAUGAUUCGCGGCGCGUAUACGGGGCGUCUGUUCCCCGGACGCUCGACGAGCGGUAUGCCCGGCGGCGUGGCGACGCCCGUCGGCGAGGAGCCGCCUUCGCUGCAGCGCGGGCCUGCGCUGGUGAGGAUUCACUCCGAGUGUUACACGGGUGAGACGGCGUGGUCGGCGCGGUGCGACUGUGGCGAGCAGCUGGACGAGGCGGCGAGGUUGAUGAGUUUGCCGGGGAAUACCAAUGGUGGCAUUAUUAUCUACCUGCGCCAGGAGGGCCGCGGUAUCGGUCUGGGGGAGAAGUUGAAGGCGUAUAACCUCCAGGAUCUCGGCUCGGAUACCGUCGAGGCGAACUUGUUGCUGCGUCACCCUGCGGAUGCCCGGAGUUAUGGGUUGGCGACGGCGAUGUUGCAAGAUCUUGGUCAGAGCGAGGUGCGCCUGCUUACGAACAACCCUGAUAAGAUUAGGGCAGUCGAGGGCCCGAAUCGCGAGGUGAGGGUCACGGAGCGCGUUGCGAUGGUGCCGCUUUCGUGGAAGGGCCGGGGCGGGUUCCGGAGCAAUGAGGUUGAGGGGUACUUGAAGACAAAGAUUGAAAAGAUGGGACAUAUGCUUGACAUGGGCGGCAUGCCCCAUUAA